AAUUGGAAACAUCAAAGGUUGGCCAACCUGUUACGUAUUUCAUUUCAGGAGCUGGUAGUAAAACUCAUGGAGGAUGUGAGGGAUUUGAUUGGGGCAAGCCUGUAGGAGCGUUGGGUUUCUUACAUACCAUUAUAAAUGAAGAUGAAAUGUAUUAUGAAUUUGUUGACUCUUCAACCUUUGAGCCUAAAGUGGUAUAUCAGGGGAAGGUUUUACCAAAAUAA